CUAGGUAAUUUUGACUUUGAGCUAUUUUCAUAACUGUGUCACAAAAUAAAUACUCUUUAAUCUAGCAGUGUUGAAAACUGAAAGAUAAUUACAUUUAUUCGGGUAUGGUAUUUAUAUAGGGAGAUGCCCAUGAAUCCACGUGCGAACCCAAUCUAUAAUCAAACUUAUUUAAAGUCAAGAUGGGACUGUUAAUUCAGCUCAGCAUGGUCAACAUGUCCCUAUGAACGAUUUUGCAGUUCUGUGAUGGGCUGACCCUGCCGAUCAGUUGACAGAGAGCUGUACGCAUGUGCAAUGAAGAGUUCAGCACACGCCUAACUCACACCCAUGUGGGGAACAAUGUUCAGACUGAACUGUUUGAGGCCAAGCCUCAGAAGACUCCUUCAUGGAGCUGUGGGGAGUAGAGACCAGGUGCUGGAGGGGCUUCAGGUGUGCUCUGCAGAGGACCAGGUGCUCGAUAUGGUAGGGAAGAACAAAGCCAAACUGACGGUGGAACAUGUCAGCUUGGCUGUGAGGAUGCUGUGGGAGUUUCAGAAGGAGAGACCUGAACUGCUCAGGACUGUACACCUCAUCAAGAACCACCAGCAGUUCUUGACCCUCCGGGUUUUGGCAGAGAAUAAAAUUGCUCAGAUGGAUGACUUCACGCUGAUCGACAUGCUUUAUGCUUUCCUCAGGCUGAAUGUGGAGCCACAUGACUCUCUUGUGCAACAGAUGGUUUCAGAAGCUUGGCUGAGACUAGACAGACUUCCAAUGCCAUCCUUGUCCAAGUUUGCUGUGGUUUUAAAUGAUCAGCACCUCCAAAGCAGUCCUCUGAUGGGUCAUAUCACCAGCAUUUUGGACCAGAGAUUAUCGUCAAUAGAUGAUGCCAGGAUCCUGACGGCUCUGAUGAUCAGCGUGUCGUCUCUUGUGUCGACGCGGCUGCGGGAUGCUCUGAUCAGCAGAGCUGAAUAUCUGCUGCACACCAUUGACCCGUUGAAUUACAACACCCCAAGGAGGAUGGUGCAGUUUCUGCGCAACGUCAAGUACAUUCACCGGCCCCUGCUGGAGAAGUGCAAUGAGAUUUUCCUGCGCAACAUUCCCCGACUGGACGCCGAGAACAUCAGCCUCAUUUUAGGUCUAUAUCAGUCCCUUCAGUUCAACAAUUGCGACUUCAGACUGGCGGCUAAAGAAAGGCUGACUGAGCUGAUCGACACAAGUACCGACCCUUUUUCCUUCUCCAAACUCUUUGUUGCUCUGGCACCAAUCGGGAGUCCAGAGAUCAGAGAAAGGUUGGAAAACACCACCCUCCUGGUGGCAGAUGAGUUCAGUGCUCAGCAAGCUUUGGCUGUGACUGAAGCUCUGGAGGAGAUUCAGAGCAGAAACCUCAGCUUAUUAAACAAAAUUGCAUCUGUGAUCCAGAAGAACCUUCAUGCCUACAAGUCGGUGGAGGUGGCCAGGAUCACCCAGGCCCUGUUCCUGUUGCAUUAUCAGAACCCAGAACUCUUUGCUACCCUCAGAAAAGUUUUGGCGAGUUUUUUGCAGCGCAGCUUCUACCCCUACGAAGUGACCAUGCUGACCCGGGUUCUCUCCAUGCUGCCCAGCCCGCGCCUCGAUGAGGGCGUGGUCUCUCGGGUGGAUGACGUGAUAGCACAGUGUAACCUAAGCGAACUCAACACCAUCUCCUUCGCUGUUGCUAAGUGGAUACGGAACGAUCCUUCGUACCGCCACAACACCCACAGCAGGUAUGUGCGGCUGCUGCAGCGCCUGAGCCACUUUGGCCACGAGAGACUGCAGACGGCCGACCGGCUGGACCUGGUGCUGGAGGAACUCAAAUACGUGUCCGGAGAGUGGUUCGAGGAGAUGCUACUCGAAGAGACUAUCGUCACCCUGAAGAGGAUGAUGGAUCAAAUAAACCCAACCACGGUUCCCGACCUCGCCUUCUUCUUGACCAGAACCAAUCAUCUUUACCCUCCUCUGAUGGACAGAAUUGCCAGCGUUGCCACUGAACACAUCAACAAAAUUCACUUCUCGGCCACAUAUGCCACCCUGCUGCCAUUUUCUGUCCUGAAUUAUGAACCUGUCAAUGCAGAUGAGCUUUAUGAUGCUUGUAUUAAGCGCUUCACUCCUCACAUAAGCUCAUUUGACCCUCAUCUGUUGGUCCUCCUGGCGUAUUCCUUGGCUGUAGCAGAUCGAUUUCCUGAAGAACUAAUCAGAGAAAUCUUCAGCAUUGAUUUUCUUGGAAAACUGGACUGCCAGCUGGAAAGUCUCCCUGAUGCCCUGAACAUGAGGACACGACAGCGCCUCAUGGAGCUCAACCGGGCCGUGUGUCUGGAAUGUCCAGAGUUUCAGGUCCCUUGGUUUCACGAGCGUUACUGCCAGCAGCUGCAGAGGAAAGGGAACGGCUCCGUCAGUCCCGUGCAGCAACAGAUCCAUAAAAUGUUGGGCGAAGUUCUCGGUGGAAUCAACUUUGUUCAAGCAGCCGUUACCACUCCAUAUUUUUACACCGUAGAUUUCGAAUGUAAAGUGGACAAACACUUGAAGCCCUUGUCUUACUCUGAGCCAGGCACUUUGCAGAUCUCAGACAGAGGAAAGGUUCUCUGGGACUCAAGUUCACUGGAAAGUGGCCAAGAUGAGCUUCCAGCUGGAGCACAGCGAAUCGUUAUCGACUUUCUGGAUUCCAAGUUCUUCUGCAAAAACUCUCAUCACAUGAAAGGUGAAGCCUUAAUGAGAAAGAGACAUCUGGAGAUUUUGGGAUACCGUGUUGUUCAGAUCCCCCACUUUGAAUGGAACUCCAUGGAGCUUUCUACACACCACGCUUGGAAGGAAUAUCUUAGAAAGAAAAUUCUGGGAUGAUCCUUUUUUUUUUCCUCUUGCCUUAUUUAUAAGAUGAUGAGAAAAUAUGGGGGUUUUCUGCAUCGUAGCACAGCUUUGGUUUAAGGUCUGAGCAGAUCCUCUGAACAAAAAGUGCUACGAUGCUGUCCAGGUGACAUGAAUCUACCUCCCUCAUGUUAAGUGGCAGUGAAUUAUGUGCUUUUGUAUUAAAUAACUUAAAAA